GCUCCGCUGUGCGCCGGCAGAUCACCCAGAAGACACAAUGAGCGUUAAAGCUUUCAAGCUCGUUUCUGCUGUUGAGCGGGAGAUGUUAAUGGGAGACAAAAAUUACAUUAACAUCGAGUGCAUUGAGUGUUGUGGGAAGAACCUCUAUAUUGGAACCAAUGACUGCUUUAUCUAUCACUUCCUGUUGGAUGAAAAGGUAUCGACAGCUGGAAAAAUAACUUUUGCUGCCACCAAACAACUACACAAAUACCUGGGUUUGAAGAAGCCUGUGAGCGAGUUGAAAGCAGCCUCUGCCCUCACGAGACUGCUUGUGCUUUGUGACAACACGAUAACACUAGUGAACAUGAUCAACUUGGAACCUGUCCCCACUGGUGCUAGGAUCAAAGGAGCUGUGACAUUCACACUGAAUGAAAACCCUGUGAGUGGGGAUCCUUUCUGCGUUGAAGUUUGCAUUAUCUCGGUCAAGCGUCGGACCAUUCAAAUGUUCAUGGUGUUUGAAGACAGAGUCCAGAUAGUGAAGGAAGUGUUUACUCCAGAACAACCCUGUGCUGUGGCUGUAGAUGGUUACUACUUAUGCCUUGCCCUUACUACACAGUAUAUAAUUUUGAAUUACAAUACUGGCAUCUCCCAGGACCUAUUUCCUUAUUGCAGUGAUGAGAAACGGCCAAUUGUGAAAAGAAUAGGCAGACAAGAGUUUCUGUUGGCUGGCCCUGGAGGCCUAGGCAUGUUUGCUACUGUAGAUGGGAUUUCACAGCGCGCCCCAGUACACUGGUCAGAGAACGUGAUUGGGGCAGCUUUGUGCUUUCCUUACGUGGUUGCUCUCGAUGAUGAGUUCAUUACGGUGCACAGCAUGUUGGACCAGCAGCAAAAGCAAACUCUGCCUUUUAAAGAAGGCCACAUUCUGCAGGACUUUGAAGGAAAGGUGAUUGUUGCUACCAACAAGGGUGUGUAUAUCUUGGUGCCACUACCUUUGGAAAAACAGAUUCAAGAUCUUCUAGCUAGCCACAGAGUGGAAGAAGCCCUUGUUCUAGCAAAAGGAGCUCGAAGGAAUAUUCCAAAAGAGAAAUUUCAGGUAAUGUACAAACGAAUCCUGCAGCAAGCAGGUUUUAUACAGUUUGCACAGCUUCAGUUCCUUGAAGCAAAAGAGCUCUUCAGAAGCGGCCAGCUUGAUGUCCGGGAGCUGAUCUCUCUGUACCCCUUCCUGUUGCCUACUUCCUCUUCAUUUAUCCGGUCCCAUCCUCCUCUGCACGAGUACGCGGACCUGAACCAGCUGACCCAAGGGGACCAGGAGAAGAUGACAAAAUGCAAACGAUUCCUCAUGAGUUACUUGAAUGAAGUCCGCAGCACUGAGGUUGCAAAUGGCUACAAGGAGGAUAUCGACACAGCUUUACUCAAACUGUAUGCAGAGGCAAAUCAUGAAAGCCUGCUGGAUCUCCUAGUUUCAGAGAACUUCUGUCUUUUAACAGAUAGUGCUGCCUGGCUGGAAAAACACAAAAAGUAUUUUGCACUUGGUCUCCUGUAUCACUACAAUGGUCAGGAUGCUGCAGCACUUCAGUUAUGGGUGAAAAUAGUUGAUGGAGACAUUCAAGAUUCUACACGUUCAGACCUCUAUGACUACAUAGUAGACUUCCUUACAUUCUGCUCAGACCAAGAGCUAGUGUGGAAGUACUCUGAAUGGAUUUUACAGAAAAAUGAAGAGGUUGGUGUACAGAUUUUCACUAAAAGGCCUUUGGAAGAACAGGAGAAAAACAACAUUAAUCCAGAAGAUAUCAUCAGUUGCCUUAACAAAUAUCCUAAAGCACGUGUUAAAUAUCUAGAACAUCUAGUACUGGAAAGAAAAAUACAGAAAGAAAAGUACCAUACUCAUCUAGCUGUCUUGUACUUGGAGGCAAUACUUCAGCUAAAAUCUGUGACAGAUAACUGUACAGAAACGACUGAACUGCUGUUGAAACUUCGCAGUCUGCUUCAGAAAUCUGAUCUUUAUAGAAUUCGCUUUAUUUUAGACAAAAUCCAGGGCACAGACCUUCAUAUGGAAAGUGCAAUUUUAUAUGGGAAACUAGAAGAACAUGAGAAGGCUUUGCAUAUCCUUGUCCACGAGUUGAAGGACUUCCAUGCUGCUGAAGAGUACUGUAUGUGGAACUCAGAGAACAGAGACUUGCAGUACAGGCGGAGGCUUUUCCAUAUGCUGCUGUCAGUGUAUUUAACUCCAGGCACUUCGGACUGUGCGCUCGUCAUGGCUGCUGUGGAUCUCUUGAAUAACCACGCUGCGGAAUUCGAUGCAGGUCUGGUUUUGCAGGUGGUGCCUGACAGCUGGUCAGUGCAGCUCCUGUCCCCAUUCCUGGCUGGAGCAGUGAGACAAAGCAUUCACACAAAAAGAAUGACUCAGGUGGCACUUGGGUUAGCACAAGCUGAAAACUUAAUCUACAAGCAUGAGAAGGUUAAACAAAAAGGAGCCCCGAUUCUUCUUUCAGACAAAAAGGUGUGUCAGGUGUGCCAAAAUCCUUUCCGCGAGCCUGUGUUUGUAAGAUACCCAAACGGGAGUAUGGCCCACACGCACUGUGCUGCAAACAGACAUCUCAAUUCCAAUGUGACUCAUCACUCUCCCAGCUCCAGCAAUCAGACUUGAAAUAUUCCCACAGUUCCCAUGACUUACACCCCAUUGAAAGUGGGCUGGAAAGAAAAAAGUGCAGCUACUUUAAGUAUAAAUCAAGAUGGACAGCUAGUUUUUGGGUUAAUGGGAAGACUUCCAGUAAAUAUAAAAUACUGUUACUUAUCUUUUUGAUUUCUAAUGAAUGUAGAUAGAAAAUUCACUACUACACAUGGAGAGGUGCAAAUAUGGGCUCUUCUGUGAAUAGGAGUAAACACUUAAGAGAAAAGGAGCCUUUUCUUCACAGUGAGGAUGAAUGUUAUGGAGUGAAGGCAAACAGUCAUUUUAAGAACUGUCACUUUGCACUGACUGUGGUAUAAGUUUGUGGAGGGGAAGAUGGCAUUUAUUUGAGUUGGAAUUCUUGAAGAGUGAUGGGACAAGAUUGGCAUCAUGCAGCUUACUAUGAAGACAGAGAUCUGCAUCGAUUUUAGUGCUUGCUGCAGCAUGUCUUCUUUUGGGCUGGAUUAUCUUCCACAGGAUCACAUUAUUGACUUCAAUUUUUUUGCUCUGCAAAAUGUUGGCUUUUGAUGCACUUUUCAGUACCUCCCUCCCAUCCACCUACUAUAUGGAAUUUAAAUAUAAGCACUGCUCUGUUAGGUUUCUGCUCCUGCAGUUACUGUAAUGUACUGAGUGGAAACCAAUAACCUCAAUCACACAGGUGAGCUUGGAAGAAAACAGGAAGAAAGGUUGUCUGAUCAGACUGUAGUCACUUUUAUAUGGGGGAAGAGGCCCUGACUUUAAUACUGAUUUAUUUAUUAAUAUGCAAAUAUGAUGUACAUACAGUUGAAUAAAUUGAUCUUAUCAUUCUAGCAUUUCUUUGGAGGAUUAAGAUGUAGCUGAUACAUAAAUGUACAGGUGAUGUGCUAAAUGUUUGCUUUAACAUAACUUAGGCAGGUUGGAACUCCACAAAAAUAGGUUUUAGUGCUUAUGGAUGACUUUGUGCAAUCAAAACCACAGAGAGAAGGUAUAAAAUUAUAAGAAAUCUACAAAAGUGCACUACAGGGGUACUGGGUUUUUUAUAUUCUACUAAAUAUUCUGUGAACUAAAAUUUUUCAAAUAACACAAACCCCUUACUUAACUGCCCUCAUAUGUAUUCACAUUGUUAUUUAACCAUUUUAAAGAAGUUGAUUUAAAAGAUGUAGCUUUCCCCAAGAGAGGUUAAAAAAAUGACAACUUUAAAUAAACUUAAGUAUUGCAAAGUGAAAGCAUUUCUUUGAAUUCUGUGAAGCUCUAAUAAAUACCAGGCUUACUGACCCACAUGCAGUUGAGUUAGUAUGGCUGCUCCCUGUUUCAGAAUUCCAAAUCAGUGGAGGCUUUCAGGAAAAUGGCAUGCUUGGUCCUUUCUAGAAUCACAGAAUAAGCUGAGUUGGAAGGGAUGCAUCAGAAUCAUGGAGUCCAGGUCCUGGCCCCACACAGGACACCCUAGAGUCACACCAUGGGCCUCAGUGUUGUCCUGAUGCAGCCUCAUUGCACAGAAAGGCUGGCUUAGGAAGCUGCCUUCUACGUACAGUGCUGCCUCCAAGAAGGGGCAGCCAGCCCUCAUCCAGGGGAAGAAGAUAUCCAUCUCUUCUCACAGAAACAUGCACUGGUUUGGGGUGAAAGGGACCUUAAAGACCAUCUAUUCCAACCCCCCUGCCAUAGGCAGGGAUACCUUCCACUAGACCAGGUUCUUCAAAGCCUCAUCCAACCUGGUCUUGAGCACUGCCAAAGAUGAGUUGUCUACAACUUCCCUGAGCAACCUGUGCCUGUGCCUCACAACCCUCAGAGUAAAGAAUUUCUUCCUGAUAUCUAAAUUUGCCCUCCUUCCGCUUAAGGCCAUUGCCCUUUGUCCUAUCACUACAUGCAUCUGUACAAAGUCCCUCUUAAGCUCCCUUGCUGUCUCCCCUCAGGUUCUGGAAGGUGCUAUAAGGUCUUCCAAGAGCCUCUCUCCAGGCUGAACAGCUCUCAGCCUGUGUUCAUAGGAGAGGUGCUCCAGCCUGUGAUCAUCAUUGAGGCCUUACUCUCGACUCAUUCCAGCAGUUCAACAUCUUUCUUGUAUUGUGGGUCCCAGAGCUGUACUCAAGGUGUGGAGUACUUUGCUUUAAAGGAAAAGACCUUUAAAUCUUUCUCCUUGCUGAUUUUGAAAUUGGGAAAGUACAACUGUUGUGCUGAAUUUUUAUUUAUUUUUGAAAGCCCAAGUGAGGAAUUUUGUAGUGCUUUGUACUAAGACAUGUAAGUCGCAUUUAGUGAGAAGCACUUCAGAAGUGUGGGCAUUUCUGACUCAGUUCUGGCAUGAGUGAUUCUGCUGUGGCACUGGUCUAAGCAGAUUAUCUUGUAGUCGUGGGUUUUGAACAUUGUGUAUGCAACUGGCAGUAAUGGUAUAGAAAAAUUUGUAGUCCCCUGUCCUCAAAAUACUUGCUGAUAAGAGUGGAAGUGAUUUUUAUGAAGACCCUAUAAACCUUUUGUGUACACUAGCAUGCAUUUCUUACAAAAUACUUUCUUUUGCUGCCAACAUCCUAAGUAUGCUCUUUUUUUCUAUUUAGUAAAGGGAUACUAAAACAGACCCCUCUCCAUGCUUUAGAGUAAUUUUAGCCACUUAGUAGUGAUGAACUACUGCUGCAAUGGAAUAAAAAUCAUAUCAUUCCAGACUUCAGGAAAGUUCUUAGUUGCUAUUGCAAGAAAAAGUAUGUCUAUAAAAGAUUAAAUAAUUCUUUAUUAAUAUUUGAAGAUAUGUACUUUGGCUAAAAUGCAGCAAAACCAAUAAUUGUACAUACCAAACAAAUACAGAAAUCAGAAUAAUGCAAGUCAGCAUUUUUGCAAUAAAAAUGUGGUUGAUAUUUAGGUUGGGGGCAUCUAGUUCUUUGAAGCCAAGUCCCCCGAAUAUGUGGACUGGAAAAAUUGAUACAUUGUUACCUGUUACUUUGUUAAGUUUUAUACUAGAACUCACUUGAAUGAAUUAAUAUGGAAAUCCCACAGUAACGAACGGAAAAAGCAAACAAAGCCAAUGUGAGGCUGAGGCAGAGCAAGAGCUCAGCAGGGAGGUGGCAGGUGGAUGAUGCUUUUCCUCUGUGUGUCCAGCAUGUGAGCAACAGGGAAUAUUCCCAACCAGAGAAGAUGUCAGCCCACAUCAGAGUGCUCUGUGGUGUUCUGGGCUUGGUCACCAGGAAAUUUAUGAAAGGUCUGCAUUCAAAUUUCCUUAGGUGGGACAACUGAACAGCCCUUGGGUAAGAAAGCUUCAUUCUGGAGAACCCGAGUUCAAUCCUGCUUUUGUUUUGGCACUCAGUUUGGUGAUUCUUGGUUUAUGUACCUGAAAUCCUGGGCCAGCAUUGCUACUGUGGUUAGUUAUGGCUGCAGCAGCACAGAGGGAGUGAACAGGGAAGGAACCAGAUUUGGGUAACUAAUUGCUGACUGCAUAUGUGAAGGAGGAGAGGCAGGAAAGCAAUAUUUCUCUGACCAUUCUUCUAGUUUGGAAACAAAUGCUUUUUGGGAGUUAAAGCUUGAUGUGAUCUUUUUAUCUCCAGUUAGGGAGAUAAGUGGUGUCUAAGACCUGCCCUUGGAGAGUGGAGAUUCUGCCAGAGUAUUUAUUCUUAAUUUAGCUGUUGCUAAAUUAUUUGAAAUUCAUCUCCCUCACUUUUUCCAAAGAGUCUCCUCCAACUUUGUAUGUGUCUAAACUGAAACAGUAGUGGAGAUUUUUUUUAAUGUGACAUUGUGUCUGUGAUUCAGGACAUAAUAUGUGAGAUUAGUCUCUCACACUGAUGCCUCUGCAGAUAUCAAGACACAUUUGUCUAACAUGUAACCUCCAGUUACUGAAAUAUUGCAGCUCUGACCUUUCUUUUCAGUCAUUCACUGCUACAGAUGAUGGUACAUACAAAAAGCACUUGUUAAACUUUCUUCUACGCUUUCAUAUCUCCACGCUUCCAUAGGUAAAAAUUACCUAUGAUGUGUGUAUGUCAUCAUACACUGUUUUUCUCUCAGUCAAUAAAAGGAAAAAUACUAAUUCAAAAAAUUACUCAGAAUCUGGCACUCUGCUCAAAAUAAGAUUCAUGGCUGUAUAUUCAUGAGAAAGAAUUCAGUUACAUCUUCAUUUCUUUUGUGUAAGUGGAUAAGUUGUCACAUUGAGAUCAGUAUUCUUGUAACAUUGUCAAAGCCAGGGGAAAAUAAGCAUUUGGGGGUUGUUACACAGAGCACACCAGAGAUACCUAUGAACUGACUUGUUCAGGCAGCCACUACUGAGGUGGCUCAGGUGUGCACAGGAUUCCAGGUUACAAUGAGAACUUCUCUCUUUGCUCCCCUUGCUCCCAAUCUCCAGAAACUUUCCAGCCUUUGUUACCUGAUUGUCACUCUUCUAGCACUUAACUGACAUGGGUACAAAUCUUGAGAGGUCUGGGGGACUUGACUCCUGAGCAGAUCUGUCUUCAGUAAAAUGUCACUUUUUUAUUCAGCCACAUGAAGCCCUAGUAAUGUGAGCUGUGGAAAGGUGAUGGUAGGGAUGGAGUAUGUGUAUGCUUUCUGAGAACUUUAUUACAUGUUUAAACACACGAGCAUUAUCCUGACUGCUGAGUCUUUAUAGCAACAUCUGUUCUUCACAGGACUUCUGUCCUGAAAGACAUUAAAAAUAUAUUGUUUUAUGCAGUUCUAUCAAGAAGUACAUUUUUAUUUUAUAACUCUUCCUGGUUUGCUGCAGUCUCUAUUCAGCAUGGCUCUAAGUGUUUUAUUAACAUCCUGCUGUUCAUAACAAGCAGCAACUAAUACAUUUUCAUUGUGAGCUCUCUUCCUAUUGCCUAUAUUAGCUAAUUAAUUUUUCUCUUGCUGUACAACACUUUGGGGCUUAUGCCUUGUGAACACUGGUAAUUAAAUGUGCUGCUACUUUUUAAGGGAAAAGAAGAAAAGAUAAUAAUGUUCUGUAAUGUAUGAUUGAUUUCAAAAUUGAAGUUCCCCUGCAGUAAAUUUGUUCAGAUGGAAGUUUGUACCGUUAAGGCUUUUGGACUUAGUGGUUAUAUUGGUGAACAUACACAGCAGUAUGUGGAAUGUACAAAUGUAUAAAUAUGACAAUUUUUAAUAAAAUCUUUUAAAUUACA